AUAAUUCACCAAUUUAACCACUAGUGCUUCAACCAUUCAGCUCCUUUUCUGCCACUACUGCUACUACUGCUCCAUGUUCUCUCAUUACAACCAUCACUGUUUUUUUUUUGUUAUAUAACAACCUCGUUGAAUCUUAAACACAUGACACCUCAACCAUGAUUCUUACCCUUAACUUUUUACCUUAAAAAGAUUUCAUUUUUAUUUUUUUCAUUCUCAAAAGUUUUUAAAGUUGAAAAUUUUCUGUACCCUUUUCUUUAUUUAUAUAGAGCUUUGUUCUGGUUUGUCAUAUACACUAAAAAGUUUGAAACUUUAACAAUGUCUUCUUCUUCUCGUUAUCCUAUGAACAGUGUCUUGUUUUCUCUGCUGUUUCUUUUUGUGCUUGUUGCAAAAGUUAGCUUUUGCUUUUCUACCAAGGUUUAUGUAGUUUACAUGGGAAGCAAAAGUUUGGAAUACCCAGAUGAUAUUUUGAAGGAAAAUCAUCAAAUACUUGCUUCUGUUCAUAGUGGAAGCAUUGAAGAAGCACAAGCUUCUCAUAUUUAUAGCUAUAGACAUGGAUUCAGAGGCUUUGCAGCUAAGCUCACUGAUGAACAAGCUUCCAAAAUUUCUAAAAUGGAAGGAGUGGUUUCUGUUUUUCCAAAUUCUAAAAGAAAGCUGCAUACAACUCAUUCAUGGGAUUUCAUGGGACUUUUAGAUGAUCAAACCAUGGAAACUCUUGGCUACUCAGUUAAAAAUCAAGAAAAUAUCAUCAUUGGUUUCAUUGAUACUGGAAUUUGGCCAGAAUCUCCAAGUUUCAGUGACACCGACAUGCCUGCAGUGCCACAAGGGUGGAAAGGUCAUUGUCAAUCAGGAGAAGCAUUCAAUGCCUCAACUUGCAACAGGAAAGUGAUAGGAGCAAGAUACUAUAAGAGUGGAUAUGAAGCAGAGGAAGAGUCAAAUGCAAAAAUCUCAUUCAGAUCAGCUAGGGACAGCACAGGUCAUGGUAGCCAUACAGCUUCAAUAGCUGCAGGGAGAUAUGUACAAAACAUGAAUUAUAAAGGACUAGCAAGUGGAGGUGCAAGGGGAGGUGCACCUAUGGCUAGAAUUGCUGUGUACAAAACAUGUUGGGAUUCAGGUUGCUAUGAUGUGGACUUGCUAGCUGCAUUUGAUGAUGCUAUAAGAGAUGGUGUUCACAUUUUGUCUCUAUCUCUUGGUGCUCAAUCACCACAAGGAGAUUAUUUCAAUGAUGCUAUAUCUAUAGGGUCAUUUCAUGCUGCAAACCGUGGAGUGCUUGUUGUUUCAUCUGCUGGAAAUGAAGGAAAUCUUGGUUCUGCUACCAACCUUGCACCUUGGAUGCUUACUGUUGCUGCUGGCUCAACUGAUAGGGAUUUCACUUCUGAUAUCAUAUUAGGAAAUGGUGCUAAAAUCACGGGUGAAAGUCUAAGUCUCUUUGAAAUGAAUGCCUCCACAAGGAUAAUUUCAGCUUCUGAAGCAUUUGCAGGAUAUUUCACUCCUUACCAAUCCAGUUACUGUCUAGAGAGUUCUUUGAAUAAAACAAAGACCAAAGGGAAGGUUCUUGUUUGUAGACAUGUAGAGCGUUCAACAGAAUCAAAAGUGGCAAAGAGCAAAAUAGUGAAAGAAGCUGGUGGAGUUGGCAUGAUACUUAUUGAUGAGACAGAUCAAGAUGUUGCUAUCCCAUUUGUGAUCCCUUCAGCUAUUGUUGGAAAGAAAAAAGGACAAAAGAUUCUAUCCUAUCUCAAGACUACACGUAAACCUAUGUCAAAGAUAUUAAGAGCAAAGACAGUAAUAGGAGCUCAAUCUGCGCCGCGUGUAGCGGCAUUUUCUUCUAGAGGUCCUAAUGCAUUAAACCCUGAAAUUUUGAAGCCUGAUAUCACAGCUCCAGGACUAAAUAUUCUUGCAGCAUGGUCUCCAGUUGCUGGAAACAUGUUCAACAUUCUGUCAGGAACUUCCAUGGCUUGUCCUCAUGUAACUGGAAUUGCAACCUUAGUCAAAGCUGUUCAUCCUUCAUGGUCUCCAUCUGCUAUCAAGUCGGCCAUCAUGACAACUGCUACAAUCCUAGAUAAGCGCCACAAACCGAUCAGUGUAGAUCCGGAACAAAAAAGGGCUAAUGCAUUUGAUUAUGGAUCAGGGUUUUUGAACCCUGCAAGAGUUCUUGAUCCUGGUCUAAUCUAUGAUUCUGAGCCAACAGAUUUCAUUACAUUCCUAUGUUCACUUGGUUAUGAUCAAAGAUCACUCCAUCUUGUUACAAGAGACAACAGCACUUGUAAAAGCAAAAUCACCACUGCAUCAAACCUCAACUAUCCAUCUAUUUCAGUUCCUAAUCUCAAAGACAACUUUUCAGUUACAAGGGUUGUGACUAAUGUUGGAAAAGCAACAAUUAUAUAUAAUUCUAUAGUUUCUGCUCCGCCUGGUGUUAAUGUCACCGUUGUGCCGAACCGGUUAGCGUUCACAAGAAUUGGUCAGAAAAUCAAGUUCAGUGUGAAUUUCAAAGUAACUUCUUCUUCAAAAGGAUACAAAUUUGGAUUCUUGUCAUGGACAAAUAGAAGGUUACAAGUUACUAGUCCUUUGGUUGUAAAGGUUGGUUAGAUAACAAUGAUUGUAAAUAUCAAUAUAUUAGCUUAAGGGCUUUGAGUAUGUUAUUAUAAUCAAUAGAACAAUCACAAAUCAUUCAUACUGAAAAAUCAUGAUGUAGAUUAGAUUAUAUCAAUGCCAAAAUUGUGUUAGGUGUAUGAUUGGAGAAGUAACAGUUACCUAAAAUAAAUCUAAAGAAAUCUUGUAUUUAAGGCAUGAAAUGAAAUUACUAUGACAUUCAUUAUUA